CGUUAACUAGCAGUUUCAAGAGGCGAUUGGAAGAGUGCUCGCCGCGGGAUUUUGACGGUGACCGUUACUCAUAGGGAAAACAUGAUUUUGGUCUUUUUGUUAUUAUUAUGCAGUGCAUUCGAUAUUAAUGCUAUCUAUGAAGACCAAGUCAACGUUCUUGACUGGCUGCAAAAGUACACGGGAAAAGUAAAAUACUCUAGAAUAAAAUUCGACGGAGCUUCCCCAAAAGGCUAUUACGUGGGUUCUGAACUGAAUGUGAUAAGUUCAAUAAGCUUAAAAGACGGAUCAGUUGUCUGGAGACAGGUUUUGGAAGAGGGUGGCUCUUUGACAGCGUUUGAAUUAUGUGAUAACAGAUUGUUUUCAAUUUCCUCCAAACACGGGACAAAAUUACGUGCUUGGGAUGCGAGGACCGGUAGUGUUUUGUGGGAAGCCCUAAUUGAUUCAUCUGAGUCAUACAGUGGGGGCAUUUGGUGUGACGGGCACUCAGACGCGUUGGUUGUGGGAUAUGACAGUGGAAUAGAUAUUUAUCGUCUCCGAUCUGGUGAAAAGUUGUCGUCUGAAAGAACCAAGAAUCCUGAUGUUGUGGGUCAAAUAAAUACAUAUUCCAGAAGAGUCGAAUCCAAUGUAUCGAUUUCCAUAUUUGAAGAACAUUAUCGUGGAGAUGAACACACUAGUGACGCUAAAGCGUUAUCCUACGUCAUCGCUAAGACAUUUUUGCUCUCGAAUUCCGGGUCGUACUUAACAUCUGUGGUUACAAAGAACUACACAGUUUACUCACCUAAAUAUAAUCAAAACUCAUGUCAUAUACAUCGAAAAUUCAAUGACAAAACGUCUGAUGACAGAAAUGUCCUUGUUUGUCUAGCUUCUGAGCAUGACAGUAAGAGAAAUGUGCUUCGAUUUUCAUCCAUUUCACCUUCGUCGUCAUCUAUAACUUGGAAUGUUGUUACAGUAAACAAUGCAUCACCACGUAUGGUUAGACUGACAGAUGAAUAUUUUCUGUUAACCUCUACCUCAUUGGAAUCAGCUGCCGGAACUGUAUAUUAUGUUGAUUCCUCUGGUACUCCAGUUGCAAAAUAUUCUGUCAGCAAUGCUAUGGUUGGAUGUUUGGGGACGUUGAACGGUCGAUCCUACUUAUUUACACUACAUCAUAAUUCAAAUCAGGACUUCAAAAAUCUAGCUCUUAGCGUCUAUGAUCUGGAAUCUGGUGAGUUAUCCAAACAGCUUGCACCGCGCCAAUUCACACUUGCUGGUCACCAUGGUGCUGUUGAAUCGAUGUCUGUCAUCAUGUUCACUGAUGCUUCAGGAGAGCCAAGUUUUCGUUUACUAUUGUACACAGAAGACAACGCUGUGCAACUGAUCAGACAAAAUGGUAAACAACAAUGGAUUCGAGAGGAAGCAUUAGCCAAUAUCGUUGCUGUAGAAGUAAUCGAUUUACCAGUAUCAGAGUUUCAGGCUAAAAUUGAAGAAGAAUUCAGUCAUACUAGCAAUAACAUCAUAGAAAUGUUUGUUCGUCGACUGAAAACACAAAUGUCUCAGUUAUUUGUAUGGGUAAAACACUGCAUGACCAACCUGCUUCAUUUACUCACAACUCUAACAUCUUCAACAAACUUAUCUGAUUCACUUUUGAAACGUUCAACUGAUGAUAUACACAGUCGUAAAUAUCCUUCGAAUGAUUUAACAUCAUCAGAUAAUUAUCCUAAUAGUCUGCCUCCUAGAUGGCAGUUUUCAUCAGAUGCUGCACUUCAGGCCAGUAAUUACACAGAUGAGGAUAAUAAUAAUAACAAUCAUAAGACAAAAUCGCAUAAAUCAACUUCAGUUAAUCCUAAAAUGACAUGGGAUGAAAUGUUAACACGUGACAAUUUCAAUGUACAUAAAAUGUUGGUUGUAGCAACUUCUGUUGGCAAGCUUUUUGGAUUAGAGAGUGAACGUGGUCGUGUUGUUUGGGAUUAUUUUGUUCCAUCUGCAGCACUCUUAGCCAAUGGAAAACUUGCUCUCUUUCAGCAACGUAAUUUAGCUCAUUUUCCUCUGCCUCCAGUCAUGUCAUUGCUAUUUAGAUCAAAGACUACAAAUCUACCAGUGGUUUUCUCAUUCAAUCCAAUCACUGGUGUUCCUUCACGAGAGACAGACAUGAAUAUGUAUUCAAUGAAGUCAGAUAUUAUCCAAGCUGUCUUACAGCCUGGUCCAGUAAGCGAAAAAUGCAAAUUUAUUCGGCCUUUGUUGUUUUUGAAGACUGAUUUGGAGGUUGAAGUUUUUCCAUCCCAUUGUGUUCCUGCAUUCGCUUCAUCCGAUUCAACUCCUUUACAUAUAUACACUGUUGAAAGUCAAGAAGCCCGCCUCUCUGGUUAUCGUGUACUUCUUAAGUCUCCAAAUAGUAAUUCAUUACGAGCUGUGCGUACUUGGCGAAUACAGUUGAGUUCAGAUUCCAGUUCAGAAAAUAAGCAGUUUAUUGUCUCUGCAGCUGCACGUCCAUCUUCUGGUAUGUUCAUCUCUAUAAAGAUAAUUAUUGCUUCUUUUAAAAAACACUUUGUGUCCUAUUUCUUUGUCUUUUAUGUGUUUUUUCCCCCACGUUCUCAGGGAACAUAGGGCUUCAAGCUAGUGGCCCAAAGUUUCUGUAGCAGUGUUUAUUUUUACAGGAUGGGGUUGGUAGCCCCAUGCCCAACUUUUCCUAUUUACCAGCAUUAUUUCUAGCUUAGCGGGGUAAAGGAGUGCGUCUGUGGCCGGGGAUCGAAUCGACCAUGUGCAUGGUCGGCGAGCGUCCUAGCCGCUGUAAAGUUGCUGGAUGAAUUAACACUAAUAACAAUGUUAAAGACACCUAAAUAUUGCAAAUAUGCAGUAGUAAUAACAUUUUACGUUAAUCAAUCUUGAUAAAUUAAUAAGAACACAAAGACACGGGUAUCUCUUAUUGUGAAAAGCAAUUUCUAAUAGCAAGAAACAAUUCUACUUUAGGUGUAUUCUGGUGCUCGUCAUAGUUAGAAAAAAAAAUGUUUUAGCAAUACUCAUUAUUACUCAAAUGUUUUUAUUAGUGAGCAGAGUGGACAUAUAAAAAGGGGAAUAUCUGAAGUGUGGAGAGUUUGUCAACUGAACUGUGGGUGAUGAAAUAAAAAGGGAAAGAAUCAGAUGCACAAGAAUCUCAGAUAGUGAUUACAGUUGUUAUUUAUUUAUCUCAAGUCUACACCUAAAAAUUUCUGUAUACAAUCUUAAAAGAGGUCUUAUGAGAUGUUUUGUUAUUAAUGGAAGGCGUUUUCAGUUAGUUAUACUUGAGAGUUUUGUGGUUUAUAAGACAUUUGAGUUUGCUUUGUAUGACUACCGAACCAAAAAAGUUUUGUUCUGCACAAGGUCACAUUAGCUUCAUGUAUGUGAAAGAAAGGAAACUGCUAUCUCCUUGUAUUUCUGUAUAUGCUAUUCAGUAGAUUUACAAAAUGUUUGUUUGAAGAAGUCGUUGCAUUUAAGUUCCCACUAUUUUCUCUCAUUUGCUUACGUAAUGGAAUCCAGAUCGUAUGUAGAGCUGAGAUAGUAGAGGAUGGCAGUAAAAUAGUAAAUGAUGUGCUUAUCGGAAGAGCAUAUCUAUCGAAACUGAAGUUUUUAACUGAUAGCUUAGUUGAAGUUCUUGAGAAUCGGGUAGUGAUCCUAAUAGGCGUAUGCUUAGUUUUAUUCCAGUCUAAUACUCCAUUCCAACCAUCAUCUGAUAGUCGGAGAAGUCACAACUAAAUCUAUUUUCUUUGCACCUCUCUUUCCUGAGGUGUAUUCCUGCACUUUCAUUCUUUCUUCUCAGCGGUCGUCAUAAUGACUCAGGGCAGUGUACUCUGAAUAGUUGUAAAUUCCUGAUGUUUUUCAAUUUCUAGGGUUAUGUUUCAUAAGUGAAUACUGCACUUCAUUCUUUCCGUGCUAUAACUGGAAGCAGCAUUAUCAGCCUAUUUUAGUAAUCGUGAAGUAGGCAUGGAAUACAAGUAUUCAUAUCUCACAUACUUUUAAAGGUGGACUUCUAAAUACCUAUGCAGUAAAUGCUCUGUCUGUUAAGCAUGAUCACAACCCACUGUUUCUGCCUCCUGGUGUGGUGACAUUGAAGCUUUUACCAUCACAUUUCAGAUUUAGUCAGCUUAAAUAUCUGUGCAUUUCAUGCAUUUACAAUCUUUUUGACUUGUUUUUUUGCAUUUCUUUUGCAUAACUUUUUCAUUUGUUUUUAGAACAUAUUUAUUUAGUUGGACGGGUUUUAGGCGAUCGAAGUGUUCUCUACAAAUAUUUAAAUCCUAAUCUCAUUGCAGUUGUUACUACUGGUGGACAUGUCAGUAAUCAUACUAAUACAGUAAUGAUCUAUCUGAUUGAUGUAGUUGUUGGUCGAAUACUAUAUAGUGCUGUGCAUCGUCGAUGUUCUGAGCCUGUCAGCUUAGUGCAUUCUGAAAACUGGAUAGUUGUAAGUUAAACAUCACUGUAUUUUUUUCGACAGACUAGGCUUCAUAUGUUUUCGCUCAAUGACGUAAUAUUUUAUCCAGUUAAUACAUUAUCAAUAAAUAAAUAAAAUUCUACAUAGAUUAGGGUAAUUUCAGUUCAUUAUGACAACAAAAUAUUGGCAUGUUGGUAGCAAAGCCAAAAUUGAACAAAGUGUUUGGAGGUGUUAGAAAAGUAGAUGCUGGCAUAUUUACUGGCGUAAGCGGUAACAAAACGGUCGAGAUAUAUAGAGUGUGAAAGAGUGAACAAGAAUGUUUUAAGUAGAGCUUGUAAGGAAGAGAG